ACACAUUCGCCAGUGAUUGGUUCUUAUCCUUACGAAAAGCACUGUAGCGCUAUGGGGGAAUCUGGAAAACGACUGAAAUUUAGAUGAAUUGACAGAAGGCUUUGUCUGUCUUUUUACAUUUCAUGUUUAUGAGAACUGAAGAUAUAGAUAACGUUUUGUUGGAGACAUGGCUGAGAAAUUUGAUAACCUCGAGGAGCAUCUCGAGAAGUUCAUUGAAAAUAUUCGACAGAUGGGAAUCAUCGUUAGCGACUUCCAACCUAGCAGUCAAACAGGACUCAACCAAAAACUAAACUACAUGAUCACGGGACUGCAGGACAUCGAGAAAUGUCGCCAGCAGCUACAUGAGAUCAACGUUCCUCUCGAGGCUUUCGAAUACAUAGACCAGGGUCGUAACCCCCAGCUGUACACUAAGGAAUGUCUGGAAAGGGCCCUGGCCAAGAACGAGCAGGUCAAAGGCAAGAUUGACACCAUGACGAAGUUCAAGAGCCUGCUGAUCUCUGAGCUGGGCAAGGUGUUUCCAGAGGAGAUGACCAAGUACAAGGCUAUCCAUGGAGAUGACCCCCCAUCAUAGUGACCCCUGACCUUUAACCCUGGCCCCUAACCCCCACUGCUCAAAGCCACAGUGAGGUUUCACAGGGCAGGAUCAAUGAGUCAGCCAGAUAACAUGUAUUAAUAUUCAGCGAAAGUGGGUUGUUGACAUUAAGAAAUAGCCUAGUCAGAGAUAAUGAGACAGCGGUAGAGGUAGUAGGAGGAUAAAUUCUUUGUUUCUGAUGUGGGAAGAGUAAUGUGGCAAAAAUGCUCCAUGGAAGGGUCCAAAAUAUUGUGGACAAAAAAAAAAGACAAUCAUCAUAAAUGAGCUAGAGCUGAGGACUGGAUAGUAAGAACUGGCAGCCAAGAACCUAUUGCCUUUUUCGAGUUAAUAUUUUUGUUGUACUGGAAAUAUGGCAUUUUCUCAGAAUCUGAUAUCUGGCUAACUGUUUCCUCCUGCUGUGUGAGAUCCCACCUACAAAAUGUAUAUAAUGUUUAUACUCAUACAUAACCUUUUUGUAAAGAUUAAAGAUCAUUGUACCACACUGCAGAUCUGGACUGAGACUCAAGGUCAAGUAGCUAAAGGUAUCUUGUACAUGGUCAACAAACUAGUCCAGAGGUUUACAACACAACAAAACGUUGUUUUGAUUGGAUCUUGUUUUUCUUUUUGUUUAUUUUGCAAAUAAAUGAGCUUGUGUUUGAAA